GCGGAGUCUCUGCGAGCCACCGGCCAGGCGUGCAGUGUGAUUAUGAGGGUUCGGCGCGGGGACGACGCAUCACGUGCUGCGUGGCUUGGCGGCGCCCACAACCUUUUUGCGUGCACGGCAGCAUCGCCGUCGCGAACCUUGCAACCGCACCCAACGACGGCCUCGUUGCAUCUCCGUGCUCGCUCUUAAGCCCCCAGCGACAACAGCAGACGGAUCGCCCACCUCCAGCUGCCCAGCAUGGCGCCGCCACCCCACUCCAAGCCGGAGAACACGCUUAAACGCGCCCAGGAACUCAUCGGAGUCGACCAGCAGCAGGCCGCCCUGCAGCUCCUCCACGAGCAUGUCACCUCAAAGCGGACCCGCAACAGUCCCAUCGCCUCGCUCGAGCCCGUCAUGAUCCUCUUUGUCGAGCUCUGUGUCGACCUGCGCAAGGGCAAGCUCGCAAAGGACGGCCUCUACCAGUACAAGAACACGGCGCAGAACACAAACGUCGGCACCAUCGAGCUCGUCUUCAAGCGCUUCAUCGAACUGGCCGAGCAGAAGGUUACCGAAGCCCAGGCCAAGGCAGACGAGGUGCAGUCGACGCUCGACACAUCAUCCUCGACCCAGAACGUCGACGAUCUCGAGGCCUCGGAGACGCCAGAGUCGAUCCUGCUGUCCACCGUCUCCGGUGAGCAGUCGCGCGACCGCACCGACCGAGCCAUCGUCACACCGUGGCUGAAGUUCUUGUGGGAGACGUACCGCACAGUCCUCGAUAUCUUCAAGAACAACGCCCGCCUCGAGCUCAUGUACCAGUCGACCGCCCACCAGGCCUUCCAGUUCUGCUCCAAGUACGCCCGCAAGACCGAGUUCCGCCGUCUCUGCGAGCUUCUCCGCAACCAUCUGCAGAAUGCCGCCAAGUUCUCCUCCCAGAUGCACGCCAUCAACCUUUCGGACCCCGAUACCCUGCAACGACACCUCGACACCAGGUUCCAGCAGCUGAACGUUGCAGUCGAGUUGGAGCUGUGGCAGGAGGCCUUCCGCAGUGUUGAGGACAUCCACACACUCCUGAGCUUGAGCAAGCGUCCAGCCAAGAACGUCAUGAUGGCCAACUACUUCGAGAAGUUGACGCGUAUCUUCUUGGUCAGCGAAAACUACCUCUUCCACGCUGCGGCUUGGAGCAGGUACUACAACCUCCUGCGCCAGUCGGCUGCGGUCGUUGCUUCUGGACAGAGCUCAAAGAAGGACAACCCCGCCGUGACCGAGUCCGACAUGACCAAGGCUGCAUCGUUCGUCCUCCUUUCCGCCCUCUCCAUUCCUGUCAUCAGCACAUCUCGUUCCCGAGGUGCCCUUGUGGAUGUCGACGAGGCGAGGAAGAACAAGAACUCACGUCUUACCAACUUACUCGGAAUGUCACAAGCUCCCACACGUGCCAUCCUGUUCAAGGAUGCUCUCAGCAAGGGGCUUCUUAGGCGUGCUCGUCCUGAGAUCCGUGACUUGUACAACAUUCUUGAAGUUGACUUCCACCCUCUCUCUAUCUGCAAGAAGAUCUCGCCCAUCCUGUCCCAGAUCGGCGCUGACGAGGAGAUGAAGAAGUACGUUGCGCCGCUGCAGCAAGUCAUUCUUACCCGCCUCUUCCAGCAGCUGUCCCAGGUCUACGACUCCGUGGAGAUCAAGUUCGUGCUUGAUCUUGCGCAGUUCCCUGACCCCUUCCAAGUCAGCAGCGGAACCAUUGAGAAGUUCAUCAUGAACGGCUGCAAGAAGGGCGACCUGGCUAUUCGUAUUGACCACGCCACUGGCGUUCUCACCUUCGACUCUGAUGUCUUCUCGUCUGCUAAGGCUAUGCACCCAGGCUCUGGCGCUGGUUCAGCGGAGACCGAGACGCGCUCUGUGCAGCGUCUCCAAAGCACUCCGGCGGAGAUUGUUCGCUCCCAGCUUACACGCUUGGCCAAGAGUCUUUUUGUGACUUGCCAAUAUGUGGAUCCCUCUUUUAACGAAGAGCGAUUGAAGGCCAAGGAGGCUGCUUUCGCCCGGGCCAAGGAAGGUGCCGAGAAAGAACACAAGGACAUUCUCUCUCGCCGUGACAUCAUCUCUCAGAAGAAAGAGGCGGCGCUGAAGGCCCAUCAGGCAAAGGAGAACGAAGAACAAACCAGGAAGCUCAUUCGCCAGCAGCAACUCAAGGAGGAAGAGUCGCGUCGCUUGGCAGAAGAGCAGAAGCAACGUGCUGAACAGCGUAUCAAGACGGAACAAAACCGAAUUGCGCGCGAAGAGAUCGAGAAGCAGCUGAAGGAGCUCAAGGCAACGACCAAGGUCGAUAUUGACAUUCCAGAGAACAUUGAAGAUCUCGACUCCACCCGAAUUCGCAUCAUGAAGCUUCAGGCUCUCGAGAAGGAGAAGGCCCUGCUGAAUGAACAGCUCCGCAUUGCUGGUAAGAGGAUCGAUCACUUGGAGCGAGCCUACCGCAAGGAAGAGGUCAAGCACCUGAAUGAGGACUACGAGAAGCAAAAGGAGGCCGAUAAGGCCGCGUACGAAAAGGCCAAGUCUGAGCAACUGAAGGAGGCUGAGCUGAAGCACAAGGAAGACGUCGCACUGAAGCAUCGUCUUUCGAAACUUGUACCGACUUACCAGGACUUCGUCUCCACUGUCAAGCAACAGCGCAAAACUGAGUUUGAGAAGCGCCAGAAGAUCGCACAGAAGGAGCUUGAGAACAAGAAGGCCGCGCGUGUCAAGGAGGUCAAGGAGAGAAUGGCUAGAGAGAGGAAAGAACAAGAGGAAGCGGAGCGUCGACAGCAAGAGGAGGAGGAGCGGGAGCGGGAAGAGGCUGAGGCGAGAGCUCAAGCCGAGGAGGAGAAGCGCCAGAGAAUGAUCGAGGAGAAGGCGAGAAGGGACGAGGAGAGAAAGGUUGCGGACGAGAAACUCCGAGUCCAGCUCGAGAGGGAGGCACAGGCCGAGGCCAAGAUUGCCGCAAGAAAAGCAGGCGGGUUUGGUGCAGAGCGCCCUGUUUCGCGCCAGCCGGCUGCAGAGGCUCCAUCCAGCGCUGCACCACGUCUGGUCCCUGGUGUCAAGGCUACCUGGCGCGAACGUGAGGCCGCGAAGGCCGCUGGUCAACCCCUUCCUCCCGCCGACGCUCCCGCUCCCGCUCCUACUCCUCGUACCGAGUCUCCUGCAGCGCCUGCUGCUACCCCCGUUGAAUCAGACGGUCCCAAGAGAUUCGUUCCGCCCGCUCUGCGUCAAGCUGGUGGUGCCCCUGGAGGUGGAUGGCGCGAACGCGAGGCCAGUGGUAGCGGACGUGCACCUCCUUCUCGCACCGAGUCUCCUGCUACUGGUGGCGGCCGUUGGGAGCCUCCUUCUCGUGGUGGCCGACUCGGCGAUGACCGAAAGGCUUCUCCUGCGACGGGUGGUGCGUAUGCUGCCCCUGCCCGCCGUGCUCCUCAAGAUGGUGAGCGUGAGCGUGAGCGUGAACCUGAGUCGAGACCUCCCCCUGCGCAGGGCGCCAGCGAUGGAAAGUACAGGCCUGGUGCGUUCAGGCGUGCUCCUCAGUAAGAAGAGUGACGAUUGCAUGAAGUAUGGCUUUUCUUUAGAUAUGACGCGUUUCUAGGUACGGUCAAGCGUUGGCAAUGAGAAGGAUUUUAUGGUAAUGGGAGUUUUGCCAUCUGCGAAUUCGGACGAUGAAGCGUCUAUACAUUUGUAGCUUUCCAUGCUUUCUGCAUGCCAAUCCCAACCUUUCCAAAAGUUUGAAAAUUGUACAACGCUUGCCUUUGCUCUG